AUGCGGCGGCAUGUUUCUUUAGUUUGGUUGAAUGCGGCAACCGGCUGGAGGUUACAUACCGCCACUACGAGUGAAGGGAUAUCGGAAGAGACACGUGAACAGUUGCUGGAAGAGGAGGAAUUCCGAGCAAUGGACGCUUCACAGGAAGACAGCGAAAUGCUGCCGAUACACCACCGACUCGCAACCAAGGCGGACGCUCUGGAAGCAGAACUGAAGAGGUUGUCUUUUGUGCUCUUUGAGAAGCCACAACUUGUAGUCGAUGAUUGUCCGUCCACAUGGACGAGACGUCCGGCAAAUGUUGUGAAGAUAAUCCGCUGCUAUGGUGCAACGAAUGCUUGCGCUAAAGGAAGACAUCAGCGCCCUGUUGGAUGGGUUCCGCCUGUAGGCUCCUCUUCAACUAUCGUCCAAACCUUCAACCGCAUGCGGCAUGCGCUACUAAAUAUGCGAAAGAAGAAGUUGGGGCAGCCUGAGACGGCACUGAAUGAUCAAUUAGCGACGCUGUCAGCUGACCUUGACUACCUCAACCGCAUGAAGCGCUUGCAUGCGCUUAAUUUCUACGGCAGGAUGAACUUGACACCCCGCCGCCACAUUUGGUUAGCACUCUACACAUUAUUGUGGAACUCUGUAAUUGCUAUUCAGAAUUCGUUAGCAUGUGUUUUCUUUGGUACUUUGCGUGGAAUUAGGGACCACGGAGUUGUCAUGGGAGCUAUUCGGGGGCCAGCUACGGGAUUUUUACGCGCCUCGCAGUUCCUUGCCUAUGGAUUAGUUCUCUCACCUCUUAUUCACGUUCCCUCCGGUCUGAUAAACUCCAUGUACGGCGUGUGGAACGCACUCUCUGGAAAACUUUUCUUUGAAGCUGGAAGUGGCCGGUGGCACUACUGCAGCGCCCUAACUGCUUUGUGGCUUCAUCGUGAGGUAUCGCUUGAGCGUCGCGCAAUUCGAAGUGUUGGUCGGUUGGAAUUCCGGCGGAAGAAUAUGAGGGCAGAGAAUCGAUGGAAAGACCGGCUCGCGUCGAUGGGCUUCUCGUUUGACCGUAUAAACGAGAAGUUUGGGGGAAAGCACCAAAAGGCACAACAUACAACUCGUGGCAGGGCGGAGAAUAUCGAAAAUCCUUACGAGGUACUUCAAGUGAAGCGGAAUGCUACACUGGAGCAAGUGAAGGCUCAGUACAAGCGGUUGGCUAAAGUUUUUCAUCCUGAUACUGUUCAGUGUGGCAGCGAAGAAGAGCGCAGAAAAGCAAGGGAGAAGUUUGAGAGCAUAUCACAGGCUUAUCAAAUACUCUCCAAUCCUGAGAAACGGCGUUCCUAUGAUCUUGGCGGGGCGCAGGCACUUCGGCUACACGAAAGUAAAAUGGGACGGUUCAUGGCGCGGACACCUGAGGAAGUUGUCCAAAGUGUGUUUGGUGGUGAAAUUUUUAAACAAAAAGUACUCGGGCAACUGUUGCGUUCCCAUUGGCACUUGCGGAACGAAGCACAGGUGAGUGUUUCUCUCCACGAAUUUGAGCAACUUCAGGUACUUCGCUGCUUUGAACUUACUUUAGAGCUGGUACGUAUAGUCGAUGUCCAUGCAAUGGCUCCGGCUGCAAAGGGUUGCAAGCAUCGAAGUGGUCAACCCCAGAGUGAGGUUGCUGAUGCACUGAUAGAUGAAUUAAGUGGAAGAAAAAAGAACCAGCCAGCACGAGAGAGGAAACAAACUACGGCACAACACAAAAACCAAGGCGAUACUCCCAAUAAUGAAGGAACGGGCUCACCAUAUGAACUGACUUGUUUUACCAACGAGUUUAACUGUUUUUCGCGCGACUUUGAGGACCGUUGUGACCGCUACACACGUCACCUGGCGGAGGCGUGUUUUGGAAGGGAACUGAUGUACGAGGUUGGACAGUCGUAUGUCAUAUCAAGUCAGCGAUUCCUUGGCAUUUUACCUUUUUAUGCACCAAAGCUUCACGUAUACAAGAAAAUUUUCUCUGGUGUUGACCGUGUCUAUGCAGCGUUUCGCGAGAAGGUGGACGACAGAGCCAAAGAUAAUCCAGAGUGGUUGGCCAGGAAGGUUAUGACGGAAUAUUUCAGCAUGGAAUUUGAUUCGGUUGUGGCCGACGCAAGUUGUGUGCUUCGCUUUGCCGCUCAAAAUGUUCUCCAGGACGUUGCGAUCACGGAAGAGCAGCGCAGGCGACGGUGUUAUGCACUUUGGUAUUUGGGAGAUCAAAUGAUGCGCAAGGGUGUGCCGUGGUCACGGACAGAGGUGAAGCGAGAUGACGGUGAGUUGAUGGCGUACAUUCAGCAAGCCGCAAACUCUGCGGCCUCUACAAGUAAACCGGGUUCUUUUUAA